GGCGCUGUUUGCGUCAACAUCCGGGCACUACAGCAUAAUAUCCGGUGUUCGGGCGCCGCGACGCCGACCGCAGAAUUCACGGAACUAUCGCCAUCGUCCAUAGCACUACAUAGCACCUUGCACGAGUUGUUAUCAUCACGAGCGUGAGUAAGGUUUGUUCAAACCUAGGAUUUCAGACUUCUAACAUUUUUUGGUUUGUAGUAAUUCUUUAUAAACGAAAUGGAAAAGCAAUUAAAAAAUUUGGCUGUUGAACUUUUUAAAAUAAACGCAGUAAAAUUUGGCAAUUUCGUUACCAAAGCCGGCCUACAGACACCUGUUUAUUUCGACUUAAGAGUCAUAAUAUCACAUCCCCGUUUGAUGACAUCUCUAUCGAGUUUACUGUGGAACUUGUCAGAAAACGGUGGAGGUGCUACUCAAUUAUGCGGUGUCCCCUACACAGCUCUGCCUAUAGCAACUCUAAUAUCUAUAGAGGCAGAUAUGCCCAUGCUUAUAAGACGCAAAGAAGCUAAAAGUUACGGAACCAAAAAAUUGAUCGAGGGUCAAUUUAAAGAGGGGGAAAUUUGCGUGAUCGUGGAAGAUGUCGUGACCACUGGUAGCAGUAUCUUAGAAACUGCCAAAGAUCUGCUCAAUGAAGGAUUGAAAGUCCAAGAAGCUAUUGUCAUUCUCGAUCGGGAACAAGGGGGCAAGAACAAUCUAAAAAUCAACGGUAUACAGAUGAAAAGUCUAUAUACUCUGUCUAGUUUAAUGGGUUACCUUUUGGAAGCCGGAAAAGUUUCGUUACCCGUGGUAGAAAGCGUUAAAAGUUACUUGGAACAAACUAAUGUUUCGAAUCUUCCAAAGAAUAAAGAAAAUUGUCUGAGUCGAUUGCAGUUAAGGUUUGAAGAACGCGCUAAGCUAACCAAAAAUCGCGUAGCGGCAAAAUUGUUCGAACUCAUGUCCACGAAAGAAACAACUCUCUGUUUAGCGGUGGAUCUAAUCAAUGCAGAUGCGAUUUUGGAGCUCGCUAAAAUAGCUGGGCCUCACAUAGCUGUUUUGAAAACACAUGUCGAUGCGAUUGAAAAUUUUACAAGUGAAUUUCCAAAAGCGCUUCGCGAGCUGGCCAAAAAGCACAAUUUUCUGAUAAUGGAAGACAGAAAAUUCGCCGACAUUGGAAAUACCGUGUCUUUACAAUAUAGGAACGGAAUCUACAAAAUAGCAGAUUGGGCAGAUUGUGUUACUGCCCAUACUGUUCCAGGCGAAGGUAUUAUUUCUGGAUUAAAAGACGGACUAAAAGGUAUUUCCGCGGAUCGCGGAAUAUUUUUGGUGACAGAAAUGUCCAGUAAAGGUGCACUAACAUUGGGAGACUACGUCAAGAGUUCAGUUCUUUUGUCAGAGUCGUCAAACCUGGUCGCAGGUCUAGUCUGCCAAGCAAACGUCUUCAGCGAUCCAGGUCUUAUACAAUUAACACCUGGAGUACGAUUAACUGAGACUACCGACACCUUAGGUCAGCAGUACAACACGCCACACUCGGUUGUCCAUGCUGGUGCAGAUCUUGUCGUUGUAGGAAGAGGGGUGACAGAGGCCAAAGAUAAAAUAUCGGUGAUGAUCGAAUAUAAAUUGAAAUUAUGGCAGGCCUAUAUGGAAAGAACGAGCAGUUAAAAUGAAAGUGGCCAAUAAUUUUUCGGUCGUAUAUUCAAGUAUGGUCCUUGGAAAAAUUAUAAAUUAUUAUUUUGUAUUUUGGCGACACUUCCGAAGAGAAUUAAUUGUAUUACGCCUCAAUUUAUAGUUAUAAACUGUUGUUGACUUUUUGUAGAUGUGUAAAUAAAAUCUGAAUAUUUUUAUUCAUUUUUGUUUAAUAGAA